UUUAAAUCGGUACAAGAUGGCGGAGAGGGACGAGGCAGCGCGAAGGCAGCAGCCGCACCAGGGGCUGAGGCGCCGGCGGCGGACCAGCGACCCUAGCGCCGGGGUUAACCACGUCUCGUCCACGACCUCCCUAGGGGAGGAUUAUGAAGAUGAUGACCUAGUAAACUCUGAUGAGGUUAUGAAGAAACCAUGUCCAGUACAGAUUGUCCUUGCUCAUGAAGAUGACCAUAACUUUGAGCUUGAUGAAGAAGCUUUGGAGCAGAUACUGCUACAGGAGCACAUACGAGAUCUUAACAUAGUUGUGGUAUCUGUGGCAGGAGCUUUUCGUAAAGGGAAAUCAUUUCUGCUGGACUUCAUGCUUAGAUAUAUGUAUAACAAGGAUUCUCAAAGUUGGAUUGGUGGAAACAAUGAACCAUUGACCGGCUUUACAUGGCGAGGUGGUUGUGAAAGAGAAACAACAGGCAUACAAGUUUGGAAUGAAGUAUUUGUGAUUGACAGACCUAAUGGAACAAAAGUGGCUGUGCUGCUAAUGGAUACCCAGGGUGCCUUUGAUAGCCAGUCAACUAUUAAAGACUGUGCAACCGUAUUUGCUCUGAGCACUAUGACCAGCUCUGUGCAGGUAUAUAAUUUAUCUCAGAAUAUUCAAGAAGAUGAUCUUCAACACUUACAAUUAUUUACAGAGUAUGGAAGACUUGCAAUGGAAGAAAUCUAUCAGAAACCAUUUCAGACAUUAAUGUUUUUGAUUCGAGAUUGGAGUUAUCCUUAUGAACAUUCAUAUGGUUUGGAAGGUGGAAUACAAUUCCUUGAAAAGAGAUUGCAGGUAAAACAAAAUCAACAUGAAGAGUUACAGAAUGUAAGGAAGCACAUUCACAAUUGUUUCUCAAAUCUGGGUUGCUUCCUUUUGCCACAUCCUGGUCUUAAAGUUGCAACUAAUCCUAGUUUUGAUGGGAGAUUGAAAGAUAUUGAUGAAGACUUUAAACGAGAGCUUCAAAAUCUGGUUCCAUUGCUGCUUGCCCCUGAAAAUUUGGUGGAAAAAGAGAUAAGUGGAUCUAAAGUCACUUGUAGAGAUCUUGUAGAGUAUUUUAAGGCUUACAUUAAAAUUUAUCAAGGAGAGGAACUUCCACAUCCAAAGUCCAUGCUUCAGGCAACAGCUGAAGCUAAUAAUCUUGCUGCUGUAGCAGGAGCAAGAGAUCUCUAUUGCAAAAGCAUGGAACAGGUAUGUGGUGGUGACAAGCCUUACAUUGCACCUUCAGAUCUGGAGCGAAAACACUUGGAUCUCAAGGAAGUAGCACUUAAACAAUUUCGUUCUGUGAAAAAAAUGGGUGGAGAUGAGUUCUGCCGUCGUUAUCAGGACCAGCUUGAAGCUGAAAUUGAAGAAACCUAUGCAAAUUUUAUAAAGCACAAUGAUGGCAAAAAUAUCUUCUAUGCUGCUCGUACUCCUGCCACACUGUUUGCGGUCAUGUUUGCUAUGUAUAUAAUCUCAGGACUGACUGGCUUCAUUGGCCUGAACUCUAUAGCUGUCUUGUGUAACCUUGUCAUGGGGUUAGCACUGACAUCCCUUUGUACUUGGGCAUAUGUUAAAUACUCUGGGGAGUUCAGAGAAAUUGGAACAAUGAUUGAUCAGAUUGCUGAAACACUAUGGGAACAGGUAUUGAAGCCCCUGGGUGAUAAUUUGAUGGAGGAAAACAUAAGGCAGUCUGUAACAAACUCUAUCAAAGCAGGCCUGACUGACCAGGUGUCUCAUCAUGCCAGAUUAAAGACAGACUGACAGUUCAUCUCCUCAUGGACUCCACUCCCUUUUUUCAUGCUUGCUGUACAAUGAGAACUCAAAUAAAAAUAAACCAAAGUUUACAAUCAACUGUAGAAGUAGUUUAGUAUAACUGGCUUCACAGAUGGCUGCCACAGAGUGUGAAAAUUGUUUGUUGGUUUUAAGCAUUCAUUUAAAAGCUCCUAAGACCUGGAGAUUGGGUGAGGAGCAUUAUUAUAUCAUGCACAUUUGUGCCAUGUUUAAUUCUUUUUUUUUCUUCUUUUUACUUAAUCUAAUGUUAGUGAAAUUUGUCUUAUGUAAAAGGAUAUUUCAGGGAAAUAUUUUAAGAAAUCUAUUUAGAGUCUCUUUAACACAGUGUCCCAUUGAAAUUUUAAUUUUUAAAGAAUUUAUGAAUCACUGUAUCAAGAAUCAGAUCGGAAUGACAAUGAAGCCUUUAUUGAGCCACUACAUUAAAAGUAUAUAUUGCUUUACUGCCUUCAAUACCAGUAUUACAUAAAUGCAUGUAUCGGAAAUUUCACAAAAAUUACAUGGCAACUCUUGUAGCUAAGAAAGUUAUUCUGAGGUGUACAUUUGUCUUGCCUUUUUUAAAUUUAUAAACCUGCCCUAAAAGGAGAUGCAUAUCUGGGAAACUGAACUGUCUUUUUGCAGUUUAGCCUUCAUGUACAUAAAAUAUGCCAUUAAUUUUAUUGGGGGAGAAAUUCCAUCCAAAAAUGUUGCCUACAGCUAUGAGUUAAGAGUGUCUGUACAGUGUGUAGCUUUUAUUUUCUAAAAUCACRGAUAGGGCAUGUAUAUGAAUUAUAAAUAUAUAAAAAAGAUUUUGUAUUAAAAGUUUUGUAGUUUAUGGCAAAAUCUGGUUCUGUGGUAGGCUAAUAAGUACAGUUUCUGUGAAAGGAAUGUUUGUGGCUCACGUCAGUGUGUGAAUGCAUAGACAAUUUGAAGUUUUUGAUAUAUUUGUGAUAUUUAUCUUCCUUGAGCACUGCAAUUCUCACCCCACCCCCCACCCCAGGGAAUUCAAUGGGAAUGUUUAUUGUGACUUGUCCUCUGUUGCAUUUUAAAGUUAUUUCCUGUAAUUUAUUUUCAGUACAUAAUUAAAAAUUUGUUGUAUAUAUAAAAUGAAACUUGUGAUUCUUUUUUAAGGAAUUCUUCAAGUAUAUGUUCCACCACACAMACCAUAUUUGUUUAUACUGAAAAGAGCAUGAGCAGGAAACACUCAAGUGAGAAAUCUAAGGUAUUGUACCUUGAAGCAAAGCUUGUAAAGUUGUUUUUCUGUGUCUGUCUAUGUAAGAGAAAACUUGUGAGUAGCUUAGGUGUAGCUGAGGCUUAUUAAUUUCUCCUCUCCCUUUCUCUCUUUAUUUUUUUGGUACGUGUUAGUGUAGUAUAUGCAAGGCUGACCUUUUAAAAAUACUUCUGUAGCUUUCUUUACAGUAAAACACCUACUAAAGCACUUAGUUUGGUUUUUAAGUAAAGGAAAUUCAGAUGUUGAGUUGCAUGCAUGAAAGUUCUAWAUUUACUUUGGCUGGUAUAUCUUCUCUCCCACCUCCAUUCAAAUCUUGUUUUUAUAUGGAUUGUAUUUGUUUUCCAUCUGUAUUAAAUUACUGCCUACUCACCUGUUCUUAAAGGUAAAGAAUCCACCUAAAAAGUGUGUCUCUUAAUUUCUUCUACCAUCAUGUUUUAUGAAUGCCGUGGACUGUUUUUAUGAAUGAAAAAAAUAAAAAUUUGUUAUAAUAGCAAUUGUUCUGAAAUAUAAGACUUAGCUUACCUUUAAAAAUCUUGUGAAAUCUAGACCAUUUGAUUUCUUAGUAUUUCUUGUUAGAGUGUUUUCUCCAAAGAUGGUAUAAUUCUAUACAGAAUUCCAAGAAAACCCUUCAGUUUCAGCUGAAGGACUCCGAUUGUUAACCAAUAAGCAAUAAAAGGGAUUAAAGAGACUCAAAA